AUGACCCAAGACAACCAGAAUGUCAACUACGCUUUUGGCGAGCAAGUCGCCUCUAUCCAGCAAAGCCCUCGUGAGGAUGGGCCUGUCACAGUCGAGUUCACAGGCAGUCUGCCAACAGCACAAUUCGACCUUGUCGUUGCAUGCGAUGAAGCGACCUCGAGGACUCUAUCCGUCGGUCUCGGCUGCGGUUCUCGCGAUCACAUCGUCUCGACCAUAGUUGGAUAUCAUUUUUCAGUACUGAGAAUGAUCUCGGCCAAGAAACAAAGAUUGGACAAGCACAUAGUGCUGCCGGGGGCUGCUUUAUGGCCAUUGGAGCUGAUGCGGCUGGAGGGUCAAGAAUCUCGUUUAUGGGCUGCAAUCCACGCUCUGAUACUGAAAGCAUAUUACCUUUUCGGAAGGCCAUGA